AUGGAGAUUGUGACGGGGUUGGCGCUGGGCCACUUGAGCCUCACCCAUGCGAUGUUGAAAGAAGCCGCCUUGAAGCUGUGGUCGCUCUGGCAUGAGGCCCCGCCACCGUUUCCAGAGCUCCGGCAGCGAGCGAAGGUGGAAGAGGAGCUGGAUAAGGUGAGGAUCGCGAACCGGCAUAUCGGCACAAGGAUCAUGAUACACUUCGUUUUCGUGAUCACCAUUGAAUCCCUCUUGCGCUUUUGCAGCACUUUGUCCCUGAGCGCUUUUUUCGAAGCCUUGGUUGGCUCUCUAGUAUACUUGCACGACAUCCGCAUUGUCACUGGUCGAGUCAAUUUGACCGCACGCCGUGUGCGCAUGAUCAACAUGCUGCUUCGAUUCAUGGUGUGGCUUCAUGCGGUCUUCUGCCUCAAGUCAGAUCCGGCGGCAUUUGCAUACCAGGAGAAACUGCAUUUGGGACUCAUCGUCACUUUGGGCCUCGAAGAUUUGGAUUGGCGUCUCACUGCGCUGCACAGCUCAGCAGUGGCUCUACUCCACGCACGCUCCAACGCGCUCCAGGAGCUUUGCACGUAUGGCCUGGUGGUCGUGGCAGUCGCCUUCUGCGAGCACCAGACACGCUCAAGGAUUAGCGCAGUGAUGACCUCCAACGAGACGGCGUCGAUGCUCCAAAGCGUCCGCCGGGUGCUUAAGGGCGUGGCCGAUGGCGACGUGUUGCUGGACGAGGAGUUCCAAAUCCUCGAGGAUGGAGGACUAGCACGAGUGCUUGGUGCCAGGGCUUCUUUGGAGGGUUGCAGCUUCCGCAACUUCUUGCAGACCCCCAGUGAUGACCAGCGCUUUCUGGACUUUGUUUCGGACUCCGAAAGCUCUCGCUCCUCUGUUCCCCGCUGCGUGCGCGUCUCCAUGAACGUGCCCCAAAAGUGCCAAAGAAGCGCUUCUGCCGCGUGUGGUGCCGCAGUGGGCCCGGUGGGCGUUGACUUGUUUCAUGUGAAGGUGCCGAGUUGGGCGUGUGGGCAGAAGCAUUUGUUGGCCUUCAAAGAGGAUGCGGAGUCACGCGUCCAUCCAGAUGCACCAAUGGAGAGCUUGCCAGCCUUCCCAAUUCCAUCAAGAAGAGACUCACAGCGCUCCUCCAUUAGCAGCAGGAAUGAUAUCAUCGAUGCCCUUGAGGAACUUCAAGAGGCGACCUUGCUCCUGAACAAUUGCAAAGCCUACGAGAUUCUGGAAGCUCAUCUCCUUUUCAAACGUUUCAAGCCGACCGCCCCAAGCCUCAAAGCUCGCAGCCAUCGCCAUGGUGGCGAUCCAAAGGCACCAAAGCUGACGGAGAGCCCCAGCCUACAGAAGUUCAGUCCUGCGACGGAGUGGCCGAGCUUAAGGAAGACCUUGGAUCGCUUCAAAUCGCGGAUGUCCAGGCCGUCCCGUGAGUCCGCUGGUUCGUCGGAUGCUCCUUCGGGUCCUCGGCGCUUGCAACUUGGGCCGUUGUGCUUGAGACUCCCAGGCACCAGAAGCUACGUGAGGGCACAGGAAACAGUUCUGAGUACACCAGAUCCAGGCCCUGAACCUCAACGAUUCUGGUUGCAGUUGACGCACCUGGACAAGAGGGACAUGACCCGCACACAUGAGUCUCACCUGGAAGAGAUCCUGGAGCAUUGA